CGCGCGUACUACGCUGCAGCGGGGCACGCCGAAGCCAUUGGCUCCUCUCUGGGGAGUGGAAGGGGCUCAGUUAUUAAUGACCGCUGAGCAGGCAGCACCAUGUCAGUGUGACAACCGGGCGGCUGAACGAUGCACCGCUAACCACCAUGGAAACAAGGAGAAAUAAGAAGAGCUAGCGAGCAGCUCGCUCGCCCGCUCCCCGCUGGAUUGCGAGCCUCAGGCAGCAACAGCGCUCUGGCAAACGUAAGGGAUCUCAGCUGGCAGCGCGGCGUCUCUCUCGUGUUGUAGGAUAUCAGCAGAUACGUCUUUGUAUCAUAUAUCAUUAUACACACACACACACACACACACACACACACACACACACAUGCAAAAUCACACACGUGCAUACAUGUAUGCACGUCUCUUCAGACUCUGGCAGAAAUAGAAGUAUGUGGUUACCUGAACUAAGGAAUCAAAAUUACAGAGAUGCGAGAACUCCUCCAGCUUUGAAACUACUCUAAUUAUAGGGUCAUCCUGUCACUCCUGCAAACACUAAUCAAUCAUGGGAUUUGAAGAUAAUACUACUAAAUAAAUGAAUUGCUUAAUCUCCUAUGACCAUCUAUACAUGCUUCAUCCUCACAAAGCUUAUCAAUUUUAUGUCAUCAAGGACAGAGUGACCUUCAUUUCCAUAAAAUGCCUCUUACUACUGGACAAGUUGGUUGCAAAGUUAUCUUUUAUCCUCAAGAAGAAAGUCUUUGGCGUUCAUCAUUUGCAAAUGCAAGCGUGUGUUUUAUCAAUUGACCAGGUCACAUUGAAUUCCAAAACAGUAACUGUGGAACAGUAAGGAUCCUGUUACUUUUCUGAACAUUUGAGCUAAAAUGAAGGACAUGCAACUCAAAAUUAAUUUUCUACUUGAAAAAAAAAAAAAAGCGGACUGCCCAGAGUCAUGCAUAUGUGAGAUUAGACCUUGGUUCACCCCCAGGUCUGCGUAUAUGGAGGCACCAACAGUGGACUGCAAUGAUUUAGGUCUUUCUAGUUUUCCAGCCAGACUGCCUGCCGACACACAGGUUCUACUUCUACAGACUAAUAAUAUUGCAAAAAUUGAACAUUCAGUAGACCUCCCAGUGAAUUUAACUGGCCUGGAUUUAUCUCAAAACAAUUUAUCUUCAGUGACCAGUAUAAAUCUUAGGAAGAUACCACAGCUGCUUUCAGUGUACCUUGAGGAAAACAAACUUACUGAACUCCCUGAAGAAUGUCUCUCUGGACUCCACAAUUUACAAGAGCUUUACAUUAAUCAUAACCUGCUUUCUGUGAUUGCACCGGGGGCUUUCAUAGGCCUCAGUAAUCUUCUCAGACUUCAUCUCAAUUCAAAUAGUCUGCAAAUGAUCAACAGUAAGUGGUUUGAAGCUAUUCCUAAUCUUGAGAUUCUCAUGAUUGGAGAAAAUCCAAUAAUCAGAAUUGAAGAUAUGAACUUUAAGCCUCUUAUCAACCUGCGCAGCCUAGUUUUAGCAGGCAUAAAUCUUACUGAAAUACCCGAUAAUGCUUUGGUUGGCCUUGACAAUUUAGAAAGCAUAUCAUUUUAUGACAACAGAUUUGUCAGAGUGCCCCACAUUGCUCUUCAAAAGGUUACAAAUCUUAAAUUUCUGGAUCUAAAUAAGAAUCCCAUUAACAGAAUACGAAGAGGAGAUUUUAGCAAUAUGUUGCACCUAAAAGAGUUAGGAAUUAAUAACAUGCCUGAACUGAUUUCUAUAGAUAGUCUUGCUGUUGAUAAUUUGCCAGAUUUAAGAAAAAUAGAAGCUACCAAUAAUCCCAGAUUAUCAUACAUUCAUCCAAACGCAUUCUGCAGACUUCCCAAGCUGGAAUCUCUCAUGCUCAACAGCAAUGCACUUAGUGCCCUGUACCGUAGUACAAUAGAGUCCUUGCCUAACCUCAAGGAAAUUAGUAUACACAGCAAUCCCAUUAGAUGUGAUUGCGUCAUCCGCUGGAUUAACAUGAAUAAAACAAAUAUUCGCUUCAUGGAACCAGAGUCACUGUUUUGCGUAGACCCUCCCGAAUUCCAAGGCCAGAAUGUGAGACAGAUACACUUCAGGGAAAUGAUGGAAAUCUGUCUCCCCUUGAUAGCUCCUGAAAGUUUUCCAUCUACUCUUGAUAUAAAAGCUGGUAGCCAUAUUUCCUUACACUGCAGAGCAACAGCAGAACCAGAACCCGAAAUCUACUGGAUAACACCAUCAGGACACAAACUUUUGCCUAAUACUAUUUCUAAUAAAUACUACAUUCAUUCUGAAGGAACAUUAGACAUAAGUGAAGUAACUCAAAAAGAAAGCGGCUUGUACACAUGUAUAGCGACAAAUUUAGUAGGGGCAGACUUAAAGUCAGUCCUGAUUAAAGUGGAUGGAUCUUUCCCUCAGAACAGUAAUGGAUCUUUGAAUAUUAAAAUAAAAGAUAUAAAGUCUAACUCUGUUUUGGUUUCAUGGAAAGCAAGUUCUAAAAUUCUGAAGUCCAGCAUUAGAUGGACAGCCUUUCUGAAAGCUGAAAACUCUCAGGCUGCACAGAGUGCUCGAAUUCCAUCUGAUAUAAAGGUAUAUAAUCUUACACAUCUAAAUCCAUCAACUGAAUACAAAAUUUGCAUAGAUAUUCCCACUAUCUAUCCACAGAAUAAGAAGCAAUGUGUCAAUGUAACCACAAAAGGAUUGGACUUCACAAUGAAAGACUAUGAAAAGAACAACGUAAUAGGAUUCCUUGCCUGCCUUGGUGCUCUUCUGGGAAUCACCUCUGUGGUGUAUCUCUACAGCUGCAUCUCACAAGAGGUGAGCUAUGAUGUAGGACACAGCUAUUUAAAGAAUUACCUGAAGAAACAAUCCUUUUCACUCAAUGAGCUUUAUCCUCCUCUGAUCAGUCUUUGGGAUAUGGGCAAAGAAAAAAGCACAGCAAUGGAAGUAAAAGCAACUGUAAUAGGUGUACCAACCAAUAUGCCAUAAAUAUGUCGGUAUAUAACUUAAUUUCUGAAAUAAAAAGCACAUGACUGCAUUUGUGCUGAAUAAAAAGGCCACAAGAAAAAGUAUUUCUUUUAGAAAUUAGAUGCCCGGACUUUGCUGCCACCGAGAAAUGGGAAUAUGUACUGAAGCAGCGUAAGAGAAGAAUUUUAACUAGAUGGCUUCUAAGGGUAUUCUACCAACCAAAUACAAUUAACUCCAUUUUCUAGAACUUUCAUGAGACUUUAAGUCUGGAAUACCGUACAAAUAGCCAAGAACAUUUUCUGUAUUUUUCUUUUUUUUAUUAUAUAAGAGUAGUGGAACUGAGCAAUACCUCCUCCUGUGCUGUAUUACACACAAUAGCCACGAGUUUUUGCAGUGAACAGAAAAACUAGAAUUGACACAUGGUGUAAUGAAAUGGACAAAUUCUGUAGAGUAGACACAGUGAGUAUGUGAAAUUUUUUUAUGAGGAAAAUACAUUUUUGAUUAAAAUCAAAA